UACGGUUGACUAAUUGAAAGAUUCCAAAAGGAAAUCAUGACCGGAAAAAAGCAAGUUGAACGGAAGGUUACCAGAAAGAAACAGCAUGAGCUGAGUCCGAGGAAGCUAGAUCUGAAGAAGGAAAAGGAACAAGUAAAAUUGUUGGGAGGAUUGGUAGCUGAGAUGACGGCAGUGCAAGCGGAGCUGACAAAGCGAAUGGAUGACAGUCUGCUGAAACUUGAAGGUAACACAAAUCCAAAUCCUGAAGGCCUGCAAAUUGAAGCUUACCAACUCAAACAAGUCAAUAUUUUGGGGGCACUGUUGAAUGCUAAGGUCCAAGAUUACCUUGACGGUUUGCUUGAUGUUUUCGAUCGACCAAGCUGGUGAAGACAAAGUCCUUUGAUCUGGGAUCUAAGGACGAAUUGAAACAUUUCAGCUGGUUGUUCAAGUAAUGGAGAUUCCUACAUUCAUAUUUAUUGUUGUUUUCUUGGCCAAUAUGUUGUUGUGGUUUUUGACAGUGUGUAAUAUAAAGAAAAACUUGUAAUGUUCUUGUUUACUUAAAUUCAACCCUCCUUUUAUUUUCAAACUGUAACUUCUUUCCGUAAAAAAACAAUAAAUAAAUAAAUGUAAAAUAUGAUUGUGUUUUGAACUUUUGAUAGCCAAUGUUUG